GGCAAUUUGCCCGCUCCGCCGCUCGGGUCUUCUUUAUCCAUACUCACUUAACUGUAAACUGUCUUGGGAGGGGUUUCUCUUCGCAACGUUUACAUGGCCGUCUCUUCUCUGCGGCUACCGCUCUCGCCGUGGAUAAGGAAGCCGAGUUCAAGUCUCCUGCUAUCGAAGCCUAAGUCCUUGAGGAUUUUUUGUUGUUAUUGUUGUUCUUCUUCUUUCUCGAUCUCUUCCCAAACCCUAGAACUACCAUCGUCUUCGGAGCAGCCGGUCGAGGCUGUCGGACAUAAAUGGGAGCCCUUUCGGAAGAAAAAAGUCGUAAUGCGUGUCGGAUAUGUUGGAACCGACUACAGGGGUUUGCAAAUGCAACGAGAUAGCUCAUUAUCGACCAUUGAAGCAGAAUUGGAAACUGCCAUCUUUAGAGCUGGUGGAAUUCGAGAUAGUAAUUUUAGAGAUCUGCAUAAGAUUGGGUGGGCAAGAAGUAGCAGAACCGAUAAAGGAGUCCAUUCCUUGUCAACUAUGAUAUCUUUGAAAAUGGAGAUCCCAGAAAAUGCAUGGAAAAAUGACCCCAAUGGCAUUGCUCUUGCAAACUAUGUUAAUUCUAAUCUUCCUGCUAAUGUCAAAGUUUUCAGCAUUUUACCUUCCCAAAGGAGCUUUGAUGCUAGAAGGGAAUGCAAUGUACGGAUGUACUCUUACUUACUUCCAGCUGAAAUUAUUGGGAUCAAGGGUGGCCUCAGCCCAGAGGAAGUGGAUCAGCAUUUGUUAGAGUUCAAUGAUAUAUUGAAGGCUUUUGAGGGUGAACAUCCUUUCCAUAACUAUACUGCAAGAUCCAAGUACAGAAAACGGCUUACUGGGAAAAACUACAUUGAUAGAAGGGCACAGACAACUAACAAAUCAUCAUUAUUGUCUGAGUCUGAGGAAAGUGAUCGAUCUGAAGAUGAAUCUGAAAAAAGUGGAUCUGAUUUAGCAGCUACAGUUGAUAGUGUUGGCAGUGAUCUGAAUUCUUCAUACUCCUGUGGCUUUGAUAUGCAAACAGAUGAACAGGAUGGAAAUGACUUGAAGAAUCAAGAUUCCCUUUUAACAGUACGUGCCAGAUGGUUACACAUGCCUGAUGAGACAGACAGACUUAGUGCAUCUCAUUUUAGAAAGAUCUUUCUCUGUUCCUGUGGGAAGCUGCAAAAGUCACUGGAUAUAGACUACAUUGAAGUCACUAUCCAUGGCGAGUCCUUCAUGUUGCAUCAAAUCCGCAAAAUGGUGGGUACUGCAAUAGCAGUAAAGCGGAAGUUGCUACCACGAGAUAUCAUUGAAUUGUCUUUGUCCAAGUUUUCACGCAUUGUACUACCCCUUGCCCCUUCUGAAGUCCUGAUUCUGAGGGGAAACCAGUUUUCACUGAGAAACAGACCUGGCAAUAUUACUAGGCCCGAAAUGCUGACAUUGGUUGAAUCAGAAGAAAUUAUCAAGGCUGUUGAUGAGUUCUUCACAUCUGUGCUUUGGUCUCAACUGUCAAAAUUCUUGGAGCCUUCAGAAUCUCCAUGGAAAGAUUGGGUGGAAAAAUUGGAUGCAAACACGAGUAUUCCUGAUGAAGAGUUGGAGGAAGUAAGGAAAGCUUGGAGGUUGUGGAAAAACUUUUGGAGGAAAACCGAUGAUAUACUAUCUAUGGGAAGAUAGAUCAGGGAUGAGCCGAUGAGGGAUGGUGUAUACUACUGUCGGUUUUGUUCUCAAUCUCAUGGUAAUUUAUUAACGGUUCAGUUGUUGUCACUUUGUUACAUACAUGAGAAAUAUUUGGUAGUUGUCAUGAAGUAAUGGUAUUUUUAAAAAGAAAAAGGAAAGAAAUCAGAUUGAUUGGGAUUG